GUGGAAUCAGAAUAAAGGGAAUCAAGCAUAGAAACUUUGGAAGCUCUUCAGUGACGUUGAUUGUUGCCAGCAGGUUUCAUUCGUGCAUACCCUUAGAGAAGCCAAUUCCAUUGCCAAAAUGGUGUGGGAUCAGUUUUUGGUUGCUUCCUUGUAACUUUUCUGCUGUGCUGAUUAGUUGGGUGGAGUAUGAAGAGAAGAUUAGAGAGGGUAGCGUCCCAUUACGACGUGAGGGUGACACGGGUUACAUGUAAUUUUGAGGAUAAAGGCAGGGGUGUUUUGUGAUUUUCAUAACAUGAUUUGAAAUGUGGGGAAAACAGGCGGGCUUUAGUUAGUGGAUAAUGGAAGAUCGGAGAGUGCCAUUAACCGUCUAAACCGUCACUAGAAAACAACAACAACAACAGAUAAUUUAUGAGAAUUAGUGACCUGGGUUUUAAAUUUCUUGAAAUAUGGAAAGACAAAGCGAUGGGACAUACAUAAAGAAAGGGCCAUGGACUGGUGAGGAAGAUGAAAUCUUAAUGAACUACGUGAAAAAAUAUGGUCCAAAAGGAUGGAGCUCCAUUCGAUCCAUGGGACUUUUACCCAGAACUGGAAAAUCUUGUCGUCUUAGAUGGGUUAACAAGCUUAGACCCAACUUGAAAACUGGAUGCAAAUUUUCAGCAGAGGAAGAGAGGGUGGUGAUAGAAUUGCAAGCAGAAUUUGGCAACAAGUGGGCCAAGAUUGCUAGGCAUUUACCAGGAAGAACAGAUAAUGAUGUGAAGAAUUUCUGGAGUGCUAGACGAAAGCGGCUGGAGAGAAUUUCACACACACCGAAAAGUAAAGGGAAAGAUCAUGAUGUUCUCCAUGAAAUGCCAAUGGUGGAGGUUGUUCCAAGCAAUGGUGUCCCGUUAGAGCAAGGAUCAUCAUCUCAUCAACAUCCUUUCUUUCCAGGAAACACGGAAGAAUUCAAAAUGGUGCCAUUACCUGAUCUAAUUAAGCCAGAUUUCCUGAACAUGGAAACAGGUCUUUCCGCACUAGACAUUGAGCCGAUUAGGAUGAUACCGCAACUGCAACUGGACCUUCCCAUCUUGCCAGACUCCUUUGACUUCAACUUUGCCGCCAUGUUCAAUAAUCAGGAGGCUUCUGAAUCUGAAAGUAAACCAAUAUCAUUGACCAAGAUUCCAUCAGCUGGAACAAAGGGCAGCGAUGCUGAACUUGGAAAGAAGGAAAAUAUAGGAAACUCUGCAACUCCUGACAGCUUCUUUGAUGAAUUUCCGACCGACAUGUUUGAUUGCCUGGAGCCGCUUGUGAGUUCAUCCGAGUGGUAAAACACACUAGUGCCGAUAUCUUUAGUUCUAACUUGGGGAACUUUCCUACUGGCGCACUGCUAAGUUAUAUGUUAAUGUUAUAACUACUACCGAAUCUAUGUCAAUUGGUACUGACGAAGGAAAAUUAAUCUGGAAAGCUCGAGUACUUAGAGAAUGAGAUUACAAUUUUCAAUCCCUGAAUCAUUGCAUAUUCCUAUAUUUCGUGUCACCGUGUUUAAGAUAUUUAAUAUUUGAUUAAAUUUUAUAUAUUAAUAAUUCCUAUUAUAUAGAUUUUGAGGUUUAUUUAUUUGUGUUAUGUUAUUAUUUUGUGCUGUGUUUCAUAUAAUGUUUUAAUUAUUUUCUUUUAAAUUGGUGUCUUGUAAUUGUAUUAUCUUCAAUACCUAAGUAUAAUAAAAUCUUAG